UUACAACAAUCUGGCAACGCCCCCAGCAUGUUUGGCUUAGCAAUACGUAAGAUUUUAAAAAAUUCACAAAAUGCGGCUAAAUACACGCCAAUUACCACACAUUUACGGAAUCUACGAGAUCAAAGAGGAACCCUGAGGGAAGUAGAAAUAUUCAAGGAACCGGAUAUAAUAACUGAACAGAAUGACAAUGAAAUCAAGCCUGCGGAACGUGAGAGUUCCAAAGAAGUGGCUUUGGAUUUCGGAAAACGGGAGGCCCAUGUGCCGUCGUUCAAUUUGGCGGCUUAUGUGAAUAACUCCAGUACCCUGCAGCAAUUUAUCAGUUUAGGAGUGGAUCUUAACAGUAUAGAAAGACGAAAAGGAUUGGGACAAUUUGUGCUGGGUCUAGACUUUGAAAAAAAUGUGAAGCCCUAUAUAACUUUCUUGGUGGAUCAGGGAAUUUCAGCCGAUGACUUUGGCAGGAUGUUCACCAAAAACCCGCUGCUGUUCAAGGAAGAUCUAGAUGAUCUGCAAACCCGUGUGGACUACCUAAAAAGCAAGAGAUUUUCUGAUGAAGCCAGGCAGAGGAUUCUCACCCACAAUCCCUAUUGGUUAAUGUUCUCCACCCGGCGAGUCGAUCGAAGAUUGGGUUACUUUCAAAAGGAGUUCCGCUUGAGUGGUCAUGAUCUCCGACUGUUAGCCACCAAAGAACCUAAUGUCAUUACUUACAAUAUGGAACACCUGCGAAAGUCUGUAUUUACUCUCAAGGAGGAAAUGGGAUUCAAUGCCAAAGAGCUGAGUGCCCUGGUAGUGAGAAAACCUCGAUUGAUGAUGACCCCUCCCGAAUAUCUUAUUGAGCGAUUCAGCUUUGUUCACCAGGAAAUGGGACUUUCUCAUGGCCAGAUUGUCCAGUGUCCCGAGCUUUUAGCAUCGCGAGAAUUUCGCCUACGGGAACGUCAUGAGUUCCUUAAAUUACUGGGACGAGCUCAGUAUGAUCCUCAAAAGGAUCUGUAUAUAUCGCCCAAGACCAUAGUGGAAGGAAAUAACUUUUAUUUUGUGCGAAAUGUGGCUAAAAGUGAUUUAGAAACUUUCGAUUUGUUUUUGAAAACGAGAUAAGUGGUAAAUAAAAAAAAGUUGAGAUUUUGGUA